AUGACACUAUCAUCAAGAAACAAUAAUGAUAUAUCAUACAGAGUUCAUUCAAGUGAUGAUCUACAAGUAUUUGAAGAAGUUGGGCGUGGUGGAUUUGGUAUUGUAUAUCGUGGUAUUAUAAAAUCGUCAAAUUAUGAAGUUGCAAUUAAACAAAUUGAUUUAGAAACUGAUCAACUGAAUUUAAUUGAUAUAAAUAAAGAAAUUCAAAUAAUAUCAGAUUGUAGACUUCCGCAGAUAACAUCAUAUUAUGGUUCAUUUGUAAAGAAUUAUAAAUUAUGGGUUAUAAUGGAAUACGUUAACGGAGGGUCAAUUUUCGAUUUAUUAAAAUCAGGACCCAUAAGUGAUGAAAAAACAAUUGCAAGUAUAAUUAAAGAAAUCCUACUUGCGUUAAAUUAUUUACAUUCGCAAGGUAAAAUUCAUCGAGAUUUAAAAUCUCAAAACAUAUUAGUUAAUAAAUCUGGUGAGAUUAAAUUGACUGAUUUUGGUGUUUCUACUCAAUUAUCUUCAAAUUUUUCAAAAAGAAAUACCACGGUGGGAACUCCUUAUUGGAUGGCUCCUGAAGUUAUAUUAAAUAGUAAACAUGGUGGUCAUUCAUUUAAAGCUGAUAUUUGGUCAUUAGGUUGUUGUUGUUUUGAAAUGAUUACUGGUAAACCACCAUUACAAAUGGAUUAUCCACCAAUGAAAGCAUUAAGAUUGAUUCUGAGAUGUCAACAAGAUAAAGAAUUUAUAAAUUUGAUAAAAUUGAGUGAGAUAAAUUCUAGUGAUGUGAUUAAAGACUUUUUAAGUUGUUGUUUUGUAGAGGAUCCAAAGAGGAGAUAUAGUGCUGCUAAAUUGUUAAAACAUCCAUUUAUAAAUCAAGAUUUGGAAGGUACGAGUAAUUUAAUUAAGCAAUUGAUUACUAGGAAAUCUCAAUGGGAUUUACAAAAUAGUAUAGAUGAGUCUAGGGGAUUUUAUACUUCUACUGAGAUACAUAACAAUGAUGAGGUAUAUAAUUUUAAAGAAGAUCUGAAAAGGAUAAGGUCAAGUACAAUGAAACUGAAUGUGAAAAUAGAACAAACUCUGAAUUACUUUUCUCAAAUUUUGAAGAAAGUAAUUAACAAACUAGAUAAGAAGUUACAAUUGAAUUUCGAGCAAUCACAGACAUUAAAUGA